GCACGACCUCCCACCACCCAAACCUGACAUCCAACAAUCAUCCCUCUCAAUUACUUCCCUAGUUCCAACUCAAUCCAAGACCCAUCCAAAGCAAAAAUGCAGUUCAAAGCCCUCUCCCUCCUAGCCCUAACCCCCCUGGCAGCCGCCGUGGGCAACGCAGUGAUCAAGAACUCCUGCGACCACCCCGUGUACGUCUGGUCCGUCGGCGGCUCUGUCGGCCCCAAGCAGACCAUCGAGCCAGGCAAGUCCUACAGUGAGCCCUUCCGCCACGACGCCGCUUCCGGCGGCAUCUCCCUCAAGGUCACCACCGUCGACAACGGUCUCUACGACGGCAGCCCGCAGCUGAACUUCGCCUACACGCUCGACAACGCCGGCGUGUGGUACGACAUGUCCGAUGUCUUCGGCGACCCCUUCUCCGGCAGUGCCGUCGUCGUCAAGCCCUCCGACACCUCCUGUCCUUCUAUCUGCUGGCCCGAGGGCGUCUCCCCCGGCGGUAGCCAGGUGAAGGUGUGCCAGAGUGGAUCGGACGAGGUCCUGGAGCUUUGUGCCGAGAAGUGCUAGGUACUGUACAAGGUUGCAUGAAUCAAUUCGGCACGGUUAAUAACCUUAUGCUAUGUUUACGUCUGGGUCAUGGGACUGGCUUACUUAAUGA